AAUUGUAAACAAAAGUUGUUUUGAUGAGGUUAGAGUUCGUCUUGCGUUUUUCCCUUAUAAUUCUAAAAGUUUUUUGUUUCUCCACGAAUAAAACGUCGUUCUUCCUGCUUCAGGUUACCGAUCAACAAGUCUUCGAAAAUUUCUCUCACAUUAAUCACCCAGCAGUUCUCCAAGAGUCACAGCUAUGAGUCGCAAAGAAGCUUUAACUCAUUUCAUGUCACAAAUUCACGGAAGACCAGUCGUUGUAAAGCUCAAUAGUGGUGUUGAUUAUCGAGGAGUGUUAGCAUGCUUGGAUGGCUACAUGAACAUUGCCCUGGAACAAACUGAGGAGUACGUCAACGGUCAGCUGAAGAACAAGUACGGAGACGCUUUCAUCAGAGGCAACAAUGUGCUGUAUAUCAGUACGCAAAAAAGAAGGGGAGGAUGAUGUCUUGUGUCUAAUCAUUCUCAUCUAACUUUGUUCAGGGAUAUCCAACUUUUGUACGCAGCAUUCUGAUCUUGUAAGAUUACCAUUUUUUAUUGUCUUUACCCGAUAAUGAUAGGUUUUAAGUGCUACUCAUUAAGGAGCUCACUGUUUUUUAUUUGUAAGGACCUGGAACUGUGGCAAGCUGAAUAUUAAAAAUCAAUUUAUAAGUUCCUUA